UUCCGGAGACGGGCCCAGCUGGGCAGGGCGGGGCAAGACCUGACUGACAGCGAUCGCCGCCAAUCCCCGCGCGGAGGGAUUAACCCUGCGCUGCCCGGGGCGGAAGCUCUUUGUCUGGGGAACCGGCCUCCCCCUGCGUCCGGGCGGGGUGGCGAGCCCCCAUAGGAGCCUGGACGUGUCCAGUGGGGAGGGAGAGAUGCAAGUUGGAGAACUAGAGCGCAGGCCCCAGCAGGGAUAAGCUGGUCCCUGAAGACAGAUGAGCAGCUCCUGGGUCUCCAUAUCCAGGCUCCGCGAGAGAAUAUGGAAACAGCAGAGCCAACGGGCCCAAAAGCAGGGAAUGAGCUGGAGAGAGACGGGAAGGAGCCAGUCCUGGGACCACCCAUCUCAGUAAGUCCUCGAUGGUCCCACACAGGAUGGCGACAGCUGAGGACUGAGCAGUGUGACAGGAUGUCCCAGUAUUGGAAAGAUCAACUUCAGGAGGAGCUACAGCGCUUACGGACACCUGCUGAGGUUGUGCCGACAUCAGUCCCUGCAUCAAAAAACCCUCCGCUGCUGGAUUUGAACCCAGAGGAGGAUAUUGAGGCCUAUCUGGCUUCCUUCGAGCAAGUGGCUGAAGCCUGCCAGUGGCCCAGAGGAGAGUGGGUGACCCGCCUUGUGCCAGCCCUCAGCGGAAAAGCUCGGCAGGCCAUUAGCAGCCUGGAUGCCAGAGAUGCUGGAGAUUAUGGGAAGGUGAAGGCAGCUGUCCUGCGAGGGUGUGACAUUGGCAUGGAGACACAGCGCCAGCGCUUCAGGCAGUUCCGCUACCAGGAGGCCGAGGGGCCCCGGGCAGUUUUCUGCCGGCUCUGGGAACUCUCCCAUCGAUGGCUGAAGCCGGAGAUCCGCACCAAGGAGCAGAUCAUGGAGUUGCUGAUCCUGGAGCAGUUCCUGACCAUCCUGCCGGAAGAAAUCCAAAGCUGGGUUUCUGAGCAUUGCCCAGAGACAUGUGCCCAGGCAGUGUCCCUGGCUGAGGAUUUCCAGGUCACAGUGCGUGUGAAGGUUGAGGAUGUGACCCCAGAGGAGAUGGAUGCCCCUGAAGCAUUAUGGGAAUCUCAGAGCACCCAGCUGGAGCCACCACAGCCCCAUCCCGCAUGGGGAUCCCUGAAGGAGGCGGCCCUGAGGAAGUGCGAGCUGCCAGGCGCCCCUGGAAAGGAGCCCCGAGUUGGACGAGAAAUGGCAGGUGCGAGGAUCCUGAGCAGGACUGAGAAGCAGCCUCACGACGAAGGGCCUGAAAACCUGCAGCCCCCCAGCAUAUCACAGCAGGAUUCAAGAGAGAGCAUUAACCACAGACCUGAGCAGGAAGGAGCCUGCAAGAGGCAGAAGAGGAGCCCAGUGGGGAAUGAGCCAGAUCCCCUAGGGGAACGUGAGAGUGGAUUCAGGAGACUAAUCCAACCUCCUGCAUCGGGGAGACCUCGGACCGCAGGGGACCUGCACCAUCAGAACAGCAUUCACAGGACAGAGAAGCCCCAUAAAUGUCGAGAUUGUGGGGAAAGGUUCUGGGAGAAGCAGGCGCUCACGGCCCAUGGGAGAGUCCAUGAGAAGGACAGACCAUAUCCCUGUCCUGAAUGUGGAAAGAGUUUCAACAGACUGACCCAUCUCAAAACCCACCAGAGAACCCAUACGGGAGAGAAACCCUAUUUCUGUGCCGAAUGUGGGAAGAACUUCGGCCACCUCUCCACGCUCAUUACACACCAGAGGCUGCACACAGGGGAGAGACCCUACUCCUGUGAUGAGUGCGGGAAAACUUUCACGAACCCCUCGGACCUCAACAAGCACCAGCGCUCCCACACGGGCGAGCGGCCCUACCCCUGCGCUGAGUGCGGGAAGCGCUUCAGCCAGCUCUCCAACCUGACGAUGCACCAGAGGACUCACACACAGGAGAAGCCCUACCCCUGCGCUGAGUGUGGGAAGAGCUUCAAGUAUCUGGCUUACCUCGCCAUUCACGAGCGCUCCCACACCGGGGAACGGCCCUUCCCCUGCACUGAGUGUGGGAAGAGCUUCAGUAACAAAUCCUCUUUGGCCCGCCACCUGAGAAUCCACUCCAGAGCCGCAGCCAUGGACAACCUCUUUCAGCAGCGUUCACACGAGCCCUCCAGCGGGCCGGGGAUUGCAAAUCCCAUCCGGGAGCAGCCGGCAGCACCUGGCGCCGAGGACCGGACCCCGGCCAAGCACCGCCCCGCUCUCCCGGCCAGAUUCCCCCAGGCUGAGCUGCGCAGCCGGGCUCCGCCCUCCCCGCUCGCAGCGCGGUGCAGACGCCAGCUCCGGCCGUGGGGCCGCCGGGAAGCAGCGGAGGGGGCGCAGGGAAGGCUGGGAAAAGGCCGAACCCCAAAGCAGAGAGCGGCUGCAGAGCAGGCGGCCCAACAGCCCCUGCACCUCCAGGUCCAGGCUCGGCUGCAGCAGGUGGGGCCCACGAAAGCGAAAAUGGAAAAGCGAGAUCCCGUGGAACCGGGACCGGGGAAGGAAUCCGAGCGGGCUGCAAAAGAUCCCAUUGUGGCACCCCCCAUAACAGUAACUCCCAGGUGGUCCCGGAUUAGACUACACCAGGUCAGGACGGAGCCACAAGAAGGGAUGUCCCAGCGACGGCAGGUGCUGCAGGCGCGACAGACCUCUCCUGAAAUUGUGUCAGCUCCAGACCCUGCCUUGGGAAACCCUCAGCUGCCGGAGCUCGAGCCAGAGGAUGACAUUGAGGUCUAUCUGGCUUCCUUCGAGCGAGUGGCUGAAGCCUGCCACUGGCCCAGAAGAGAGUGGGUGACCCGACUCCUGCCAUCCCUCACUGGAAAAGCCCAACAGGCCAUUAGCAGCCUGGAUGCCCGAGAGGCCCGAGACUACGGGAAGGUGAAGGCAGCCAUCCUGCGAGGCUGCAACAUCAGCACAGAGAUGCAGCGCCUUCACUUCAGGCAGUUCCGCUACCAGGAGGCCAAAGGGCCCCGAGAGGUCUGCAGCCGCCUGCGGGAACUCUCCCAUCGAUGGCUGAAGCCGGAGAUCCGCACCAAGGAGCAGAUCAUGGAGCUGCUGAUCCUGGAGCAGUUCCUGACCAUCCUGCCUGAGGAAAUCCAGAGCUGGGUCUGGGUACGUCACCCGGAAACUUGCGCCCAGGCUGUUUCCCUGGCAGAGGAUUUCCAGCUGGGACAGCGAGAGGCUGGAGUGUGGGAGCAACAGGUCACAGUGCGUGUGAAGGUCGAGGAAGUGACCCCAGAGGAGGUGGAGACCCCUGAAGCAUUAUGGGAAUCUCAGAGUUCCCAGCUGGAGCCACCACAGCCCAAUACCACGUGGGGAUCCCAGGAGGAGGUAGGACGGAGCAAGUACAAGUUGCCACGUGCCCCUGAAGAGGAGACGGAAGCUCUACAGGAAACUGCAGGUGCCAGGAUCCUGAGCAGAGCGGAGGAGCGGCCCAAUUUGGGAGAGCAAGAAAACUUGGAUCUGGCCCGAACAUCGCAAGGCGGAUCAGGAGAGAGUGUUGCCCGCAGACUUGAGCAGGAAGAAGCCUGCAAGAGGCAGAAGAGAAACUCAGCUGGGAAUGAGCGAAUUCCGCCAAGGGUGUUCCCACAGCUCCCUACUCAAGGGACACCUGGGGCCAUAAGAGACUUUAAAAGCCAGGAGAGCAGCGUUCACAUGAUGGAGAAACCCCACAGAUGUCGAGAUUGUGGGGAAAGGUUCUGGGAGAAGCAGGACCUCAUGGCCCAUGGGAGAGUCCAUGAGAAGGACAGACCCUAUCCCUGUCCUGAAUGUGGGAAGAGCUUCAACAGACUGACCCAUCUCCGAACCCACCAGAGAACCCACACGGGAGUGAAACCUUACUCCUGUGGGGAGUGUGGGAAAAGCUUCGGCCACCUCUCCACACUGACCACGCACCAGAGACUGCACACAGGGGAGAGACCCUACUCCUGUGCUGAGUGCGGGAAAACCUUCACCAACCCCUCGGACCUCAACAAGCACCAGCGCUCUCACACGGGCGAGCGGCCCUACCCCUGCGCCGAGUGCGGAAAGCGCUUCAGCCAGCAAUCCAAUCUGACAAUGCACCAAAGAAGCCACACCGAGGACAGACCGUACCCCUGCACUGAGUGCGGGAAGAGCUUCAAGUACCUUGCUGAUCUCACUGUGCAUGAGCGCUCCCACACGGGCGAGAGGCCCUUCCCCUGCCCUGAGUGCGGGAAAAGCUUCAGUAACAAAUCCUCUCUGGCUCGUCACCAGAGAAUCCACGCUAGAGCCGCAGCCAGAAACAAGUGAGACCUGCUGGCCAAGAGCACCACUCCAGCUGUGUGUGUAUAAUAACGUGAAGUAGAGGAAUGGAAACAGUUAGUGAAGGAACUUGGAGAAAUCAGCCCCCUUCUCCCAGUACCAAUUCCAUCCCUCCCUCACAGACCCCAUGAGGUGGAUUAAGAACCAUGAGAACAGAGGGUGGCUUCACCUUAGGCUCUGAGGAGUCCCAGCCCCUGAAAUGAGCAGGAACUGCUCCCUUACCUACUCUACUUAGCAAUUGAGCAGCCUGUCUCUCAUGUCCACAUGAACAUCAGUUAAUCUGCUCUGGUUUCCCUGUAGCUUCUCUAAGGGCUGGGCUGGGGCCUGUUACAGGCUCUGUAUUUCUGCUGUUUUGGGGUGGGUGUUUGCAAUACCUAGGGAUUUGCCCAGGCUGUGAGCAGGUCACUCGAGAUAGGGAAGGGAUUUCUCCCAGGGGUUGGGAGGCCCACGAUCUCUCAGCUUCAUGAGGAAAAAGAACCAAAGAAUUCCUCAAGGGCUGCUGCUUAUGUCAAACUCACGAGGUGACAUCAGACCCAGCACUGCUGGGAACUGUGGAUCCAGGGGGAGGUGUUUGGCCACAUCUGUGUCAACCAGCUUUGCCGCUGUGGCCUGCACAACCACCCUCUUCACACUCCAGACUUUCCAAGCCCUUCAGUGUCCCUCUGUAACUAUGCCCAAAGUCUGCCGCAUCAUCCCAUCUCCUGAGAGGAGCUUCCUGCUAUUUCCUGUCCCAAACUAAGCAUUUAUGUUUGCUAUGUAAUUAAUUGUGUGUGUUUAUUCAUUGCCUCAUUAGUUUGCUGCUCCUGCCUUGCUCGCUGCCAUGUUAACUCUUUAUUUACUGCUCUGUCGCUGCAAUGUGGGGGUUUUUUUUUUUGGUCCAUACUGUGUGACUGUUCAGCUGCCCAUCAGUACAACUGUUGCUUUCACUGUUUCUUCUGAGAGUUUGAGCAUGUAGCCUUGAUCCUGCAAUGAGCUCUCCACAAGCAAGAUCAGGGCCUUUAUUUUUAUUGACUGACCUACCUCGUCUGCUGCUUUUCUGAAUUGCUGGUAUUUUUUAGUUGAAUUGUGUGAACAGUCAUU